GUGGGGGGUACAACAGUCCCAAAUUCAGCCAUGGGGGCCAACCUCUGCCCAGUGAUUGCUCUCCAGGUUUGUGGCACUCAGAGACAGUGAGGAGCAUCCUCUGCUGGGACAGCCUGUCCCUCCCAGGGCAGUGCCCCAGAGAUGCCAGCUCUGCCAGCCCAUGCCAAGGCCGUGGGGCGGUGUCCAAGCCCUGAGGAGCUGUUGGGAUGGGGAGGGAGGCUCGGUGUGCACGGCUGCUGCACGCCCAGCUCCAGCCCUCAGCCCGCUGCCGCCGGGGCUCCCAGCCCUGCUGCAUCGUCCCCGUGCCCCUGGUGACUCCCUGGUUACCAGCUGGGCUCCAUCUCCUCCUCCUCCUCCUCCUCCUCCUCCUCCCGAGCUCUAAUCCCCGCAGACUCGGCGCCGAGCGCGAGCAGCCAACAGGAGUUGCUUUGUCUGUGCUGACUUGGCGUUCCUGCUUCCACUCUGGAGGAGAUGGGGCGCAAGGAGGAGGACGGCAGCGGCUCCUGGAAGAAGCAGACCAGCAACAUCCGCAAAACCUUCAUCUUCAUGGAGGCCCUGGGCUCAGGUGCCUUCUCUGAAGUUUUCCUGGUGAAGCAGAAAAGCACUGGCAAGCUCUUUGCUCUGAAAUGCAUCAAGAAGUCUCCUCUCAACAGGGACAGCAGCCUGGAGAAUGAAAUAGCAGUGCUGAAAAAAAUAAAGCACGAAAACAUCGUGACUUUGGAAGAUAUUUAUGAGAGCACAACCCACUUCUACCUGGUCAUGCAGCUGGUGUCUGGGGGAGAGCUGUUUGACAGGAUCCUGGAGCGGGGUGUGUACACGGAGAAGGACGCCAGCCUGGUGAUCCACCAGGUGCUGACAGCCGUCAAAUACCUGCACGAGAACGGCAUCGUGCACCGGGACCUGAAGCCUGAGAACCUGCUGUACCUCACCCCCGAGGAGAACUCCAAAAUCAUGAUCACGGAUUUCGGCCUGUCGAAAAUGGAGCAGAACGGGAUCAUGUCCACGGCCUGUGGGACUCCAGGAUAUGUGGCCCCCGAAGUGCUGGCCCAGAAGCCCUACAGCAAAGCCGUGGACUGCUGGUCCAUCGGGGUCAUCACCUACAUCCUGCUCUGUGGGUACCCUCCUUUCUAUGAGGAAACCGAAUCCAAACUCUUUGAGAAGAUUAAGGAAGGCUACUUCGAGUUCGAGUCUCCGUUUUGGGACGACAUCUCCGAGUCAGCCAAGGACUUCAUCCGGCAUCUCCUGGAGAAGAACCCGAGCGCGAGGUUCACCUGCGAGGAGGCCCUGCGGCACCCCUGGAUUAAUGGAAAUACAGCCCUUCACCGUGACAUCUACCCAUCUGUCAGUGCUCAGAUCCAGAAAAACUUUGCGAAGAGCAAAUGGAGGCAAGCCUUCAACGCCGCGGCCGUCGUGCACCACAUGAAGAAGCUGCACAUGAGCGGCCACGGGGCAGCUGAGGGCUCUGUCCCUGCCACAGAGACCUCAGAGCCCCCCAGGCCCAGCAGCCCCGCUGGGACCCCCCCGCCAGCAGUGCCAAGCCAUGACAAGGACACAGCUCAGGGCCCCUCUCAGGGGCACCCAAACCCCCCCAGACCCCCUCAGCCCCAGCAGGACACCGAGAUGGGGGAGGAAAAGCUGCCAAGCCCCCUGGAAGAGGGACCCCUGCCCGGGGACAGCAGCCUGGCCCUGCCGGACACCCCCAGCCCCCCAGAGGAGGGACCCCUGCCCGGGGACAGCAGCCUGGCCCUGCCGGACACCCCCAGCCCCCCGGGCAGGAGCUCCUGUGGCUGCAGCCCCUCCUGCGUGGGCCAUGAGAAGAUGAAGGCGUCCUCCUGCUCCGAGACAGUGCUGCUCAAAAAGUCUUCAAAAUCCCAUCAUUUCAAGUCAGAGGUUCUUGUUCCAAUGAAAACCAGUAAACACUCGUCUCACUGUGGCACUGGGCAAACUGGAGUUUGUUUGGUCAUGUGAUGGAGGCAGCCACAUGGUCAGAGAACCAGAAGGGCUCUUUUACUCUUUUCUGCACUUCAGAGCCAGACUCGAGCAGAAGGGAGGCUCUGCCCUGCCAGCAGCUCUGCAGAGCAGUGACCAGCGGGGCCCAGGGGCACAGCAGUGCCAGGAUCCAUCCCUGCAGUCGGCUCGGGGUGCUUCUGGAUGGUUCCAGCUGGGAGGAGGCGAGGGAAGGUCUGAGGCUCCUGCUCCCACACCCAGUGUACAUUCCCAUAGGGCAUCCUCAGUGCUGCGAGCUUCUGUUUCCUGCUCCCUGCUCAGGUGUCACUGCACAAACACCCUGAACAGCACCAACCCCACAAACCAAAGCCAUGCAGAGCUUUCCCCCCGUGGCAGCUCCCUUGUUUUUACAGCCCUCUCCUCGGGCUUGGUUAGUGCAGGCUUUGGCACGCUGGAGUUCAGCUGCCCAGCCCUCAGUGCAGCAGGAGAGAGAGAACCUGCUAGAAACCUCCCUGUGUGUGACAACACCACAGCAAGGUCUGAGCUCCCCUUCCAAGGCUGUAAUUGCACAAUGAACACUUGCUUAAUAAAGCUGAGAUUUGUUUUGUA